UUUUGAUUAAAGUAAAAGUAGAGACAGAAUCAUAAAUUCAAGACAUGGCAAUUACAAUAUCAAAGAGAAACUAUAGAAAACUUGUUGACAGUACAAAAAUGAAGAAUUGGGGUCUGAUAUUCUUGCUUGCUUUCUUGAUCCACACACAGAAGUCGCAUUUCCAGGCCACAGCAGAAGAUGGAUUCAUCACAGUGGAGAGAGAGCAUUUCAUCCUCAACGGCAGCCGGUAUUACGGUCACGGAUUCAAUUCCUACUGGUUAAUGUACGUGGCUUCUGAUCCAUCUCAGAGAUUCAAAAUCUCUUCUGCAUUUCAACAAGCUGCAAAUCAUGGCCUGGAAAUUGCAAGAACUUGGGCUUUCAGGGACGGCGGAUUUUCUCCGUUGCAGUAUUCUCCAGGCUCUUACAAUGAACACAUGUUCCAGGGACUGGAUUUUGUGGUGUCUGAAGCUGGAAAAUAUGGGAUUAAGCUGAUACUGAGCCUGGUGAACAAUUAUGAGGAUUCUGGAGGGAAGAAACAGUACGUGAACUGGGCAAGAAAUCAGGGCCAGAACUUAUCUUCUGAUGAUGAUUUCUUCACGAACUCAGCAGUGAAGGGGUACUACAAGAACCACAUUAAAGCUGUUCUGACAAGAGAAAACAGCAUCACGGGAAUUGCUUACAAAGAUGAUCCUACGAUAAUGGCGUGGGAGCUUAUGAAUGAGCCAAGGUGCAGCAGAGAUCCAUCAGGCAGCACCAUACAGGCCUGGAUCGCAGAGAUGGCUUCUUACCUGAAAUCUAUAGACCGUAAUCACCUGCUGGAAGCCGGGCUAGAAGGCUUUUAUGGCCAAUCAGAUGCCCACGAGCAGCAAAACAAUCCACAGUUUCAAGUGGGAACAGAUUUCAUUACAAACAACCGGAUUUCAGACAUAGAUUUUGCCACUGUUCACUCAUAUCCAGACCAAUGGUUAACCAGCCAAAGCGACGAAGCCCAGCUCUUGUUCUUGAACGAUUGGCUCAACAGCCACAUUCAAGAUGCGCAGACCGUUCUGCAGAAGCCGGUUCUGUUUGCAGAGUUUGGAAAGUCAUCCAAGGAUGCUGGAUAUGACACGUACAAGAGAGAUGACCUGUUUAAUAUGGUUUAUUCAGCAAUAUAUUCAUCGGCCGGAAGUGGAGGCGUAGCAGCCGGCGGCUUGUUCUGGCAACUUCUGACUGAAGGGAUGGAUGACUUUUCUGAUGGCUAUGAGAUUGUGUUUAGCGAAAACCCUUCGACAGCUAGUCUGAUUGCAGAUCAAUCACAGAAACUCAACAAGAUUCGCGAGAAAUAUGCAAGACUCAGAUUUUGAAGACAAUACAGGUCAGUAAUGGGCAAGACUCAGAUUUUGAAGACAAUACAGGUCAGUAAUGGCACAAAGCAUCUGUAAUAGAAAACAUGAUUACAAGAGUGUCAGUAUUAUUUCUCAAAAUCGAGAAUUCUUUUACAUGUUUACACCUCAAAGGGUAUCUGAACUGAACUAGAUUUUUAUCUUACUUAACCUAGGAAAGCCAAAAGCUCACAUUUAUUCAGGUAUUAAUGUCAAGAA